AUACCGGAACAGGAUUUUAAUAGUAGGUGCAAGCUUUGGCGAGGAUAAGCUGAUAUAUACUGUUAUAAAUAUCCUCUCCCUCCGUGAAGAUACUUCACAUUCAACAAUGAUUUGAAUAUUACUCUACAAUAUUACUAAAACCCGAACGGGGAAGCAAUAUUGAUUAUUUCUAUGCAGAGUUCGGCUUAUUAUGACAACAUAAGCACAAAAAUACAUUCCUUUCUUUAUAUACUACCGACCUCGUUUCAUGCGCAUUUUUUACAGGGAGGAGAGAGAUGAUCACGAAACUACUCUUUUUAAGCCUAUUUUCAAGUAAGUAGACUUUAUUGUACAGGAUAAAAACCAGGACUAAUUUGUCCUACUUUCCGAAAUGAUUUCUCAGCUACUCUUGUCAUUACUUCUACCACUUUUGAAACCUGUAAAUCUACACACUUGAAGGCGUCACCUGAUGUGAAAUCACUUUCAACGUUGGAAUACUUAAGUACCAAUAAACAAAACAAUUCAACUUAUGCUGAAUUAUGUUGGAUAAUAUCUUUCAAUAUGGAUUACAUGGUGUUACAGGUGGAUAAUAAGAAUAUAAGCAAUAUGACUGCGAAAAAGAAUUGUUCGUUGGGUUAUGCAGAAUUCUAUUCUCAUACUGAACGGACAUUAAUGAGAAAAUGGUGUAUAUCAAAAGAUCCUCUCUUCCUAACAACUCAAACGAAAGUUUCUGUUUAUUUUAAAUUGUUGAACCAUGAAAUUAUUCGCAAAGGAUUAGAACUAUCAUAUUGGGAAUAUAAUGAAGGUGGGUCGGAUUCGGCGCACUUGCAAUGGGUACUACCUUUAGUAAUCGUAUGCUGUACCGUAGGUGGCUUACUUAUUCUAUCGUGUAUCAUUGGAGCAAUAUUUGUUUGUAUCGGUCUAGCGAAGCGAAAACGAAAUGUUUCAGGACCGAGCAUUGUUAUGCUAUCGACUAAGUAA